AAGCAGUCCGCGGACGUUCCUGGGGGGACAUGGAGGCGCUGCUGAAGCGGGAGCUGGGCUGCGACUUCGUCAAGGCUACGGGUCACUCGGGGGGCGGGUGCAUUAGCCAGGGCCAGAGUUACGACACGGACAAAGGACGCGUGUUUGUGAAAGUGAACUCCAAGGCGGAGGCCAAAAGAAUGUUUGAAGGUGAGAUGGCAAGUUUAACUGCCAUCCUGAGAACGGACACCGUGAGAGUGCCCAAGCCCAUCAAGGUCCUGGACGGCCCGGGAGGCAGCAGCCUGCUGGUGAUGGAGCACGUGGACAUGCGGUACCUGAGCAGCCAUGCUGCCAAGCUCGGAACCCAGCUCGCAGACCUACACCUAGACAACAAGAGGCGUGGGGAGACCCUCCAGAAGGAGGCUAGCACCGUGGGGAAAGGAGCCGGGCAGGUGGUACGGCCCUUCGUGGACCAGUUUGGGUUUGACGUGGUGACAUGCUGUGGAUACCUCCCCCAGGUGAACGACUGGCAGGAGGACUGGGUCACCUUCUACGCCCGGCAGCGCAUUCAGCCCCAGAUGGACAUGGUGGAGCAGGGGUCUGGGGACAGAGAGGCCCGGGAGCUCUGGUCUGCUCUGCAGCUAAAGAUCCCCGACCUGUUUCGCGACCUGGACAUCGUCCCAGCCCUGUUGCAUGGAGACCUCUGGGGAGGAAACGUAGCCGAGGACUCCUCUGGGCCCAUCAUCUUUGACCCGGCCUCUUUCUACGGCCAUUCGGAGUACGAGCUGGCGAUAGCCGGCAUGUUUGGGGGUUUCAGCCACUCCUUCUACUCUGCCUACCACCGCGCAGUCCCCAAGGCCCCGGGGUUUGAGGCCCGCCAGCAGCUCUACCAGCUCUUCCACUACUUGAACCACUGGAAUCAUUUCGGGUCGGGGUAUAGAGGGUCUUCGCUGAACAUCAUGAGGAAUCUCACCCAGUGAGCGUCCCUGCUCUGGACGGGCGCCAGGUCCCAGCCAGACGCCUGCGGCCAGCGCCUGCUGCUGCCCCCAGUCCUGUCCGGCAGGGCUGCUUCCCCGACU